UUUCACAAGGGAGCUUACCACGCUGCAUUAUACGCUUAUUAUAUAAAAAUAAAUCAUUGGUUUUGAGUUAGAAACAGUGCAGCUGCCGCGAAAUGAAGUUCUUCAUUCUGAUUUCUGUAUUAUUGGUCUGUCAAGGGUCCACGGAAGAGGAGGAAAACAUAAUAGGCGAGCUGUGCUUCAAGCCAAAUGGUGGACCACCUUGCCAGAAAUUAAAAACAUAUUAUUGGGACAAGGCAAAGAAUCAAUGCGUACCAGCCCGAUAUUUAUUGGAGCCUUGUGGAUUCUUUCACGUGAUGGACGUGUGCGAUAAAAUAUGCGCCAAGGAAUCGUGGACCUUAUCCCUUUUGGAAUUACAUGUUCGAAAGUUGCCAUAAAAUAUACUGGGUUUUCUAAUGCCAA